CAGACCUUUUCAUCCCCAACUUGUCACAGCUUCUCAAAAGCUCUCUGGCACCCAGAGAACAGUGUGUCCAGAGCUCAACCUGGAAGAGCAUAGCCAUGGUGCUAUGGGGUCUGAUGCUGGGAGCCCUGCUGGUGGUCACCGUGGGGUGCCUGUGUCUGCUGGGGCUGCUCCGGCGACGCAGGCCCCAGGAGCCCCCUCUGGAUAAGGGCUCCAUACCCUGGCUGGGCCAUGCCAUGGCUUUCCGGAAGAACAUGCUUGAAUUCCUGAAGCACAUGUGGGCCAAGCAUGGAGAUGUGUUCACAGUGCAGCUAGGGGGCAAGUACUUUACCUUUGUCAUGGACCCCCUCUCCUUUGGCCCCAUCCUCAGGGAUGCACAGAGAAAACUAGACUUCAUGGAGUAUGCAGAAAAACUGGUGCUAAAGGUAUUUGGAUACCAGUCGGUGCAAGGAGACUACCGGAUGAUACACUCUGCCAGCACCAAGUACCUCAUGGGGGACGGCCUGGCAGAUCUCAACAAAACCAUGCUGGACAACCUGGCCCUCGUUAUGCUGGGUCCCACGGGCCAGAGUCUGGGUUCUAGUUGCUGGCGUGAAGAUGGCCUCUUCCACUUCUGCUACAAUGUCUUGUUCAAGGCGGGCUACCUGAGCUUAUUCGGCCAUACAAAGGACCAGGAGCAGGACCUGCAACAGGCAGAGGAGUUAUUUGUCCAGUUCCGCAAGUUUGACAACUUGUUCCCCAGGUUUGUUUAUUCCUUGCUGGGGCCCCGGGAGUGGCUAGAAGUGGGCCGGCUCCAGAGCCUGUUCCACAAGAUACUCUCUGUGCAGCACAACUUGGAAAAGAAUGGCAUCAGCAACUGGAUAUCCUACAUGCUUCAGUAUCUGAGGGAGCAGGGAGUAGCCCCAGCCAUGCAGGACAAGUUCAACUUCAUGAUGCUCUGGGCCUCCCAGGGGAACACGGGCCCAACCUCUUUCUGGGCCCUCUUGUUCCUGCUAAAGCACCCAGAAGCCAUGCGGGCUGUGAGGGAGGAGGCCACCCAAGUCCUGGGGGAGGCCAGGCUGAAGGCCAGGCAGUCCUUUGACCUUGACAUCAGCGCCCUGCACCGCACUCCAGUGCUGGACAGUGUGAUGGAGGAGACGCUGCGGCUGGGGACUGCACCCACCCUCCUCAGGGUGGUGCACAGUGACCAUGUCCUGAAGAUGGCCAAUGGACAGGAGUACCUGCUCCGAAGUGGAGACAUCGUGGCCCUCUUCCCCUAUCUUUCAGUGCACAUGGACCCUGACAUCCACCCGGAACCCACUGCCUUCAAGUAUGAUCGCUUCCUCAACCCCAAUGGUAGCCGAAAAGUGCACUUCUGCAAGGCAGGCCAGAAGAUCCACCACUAUACCAUGCCGUGGGGCUCAGGUGUCUCCAUCUGCCCUGGGAGGUUCUUGGCCAUCAGUGAGAUGAAGCUCUUUGUCCUGCUCAUGGUCACAUACUUUGACCUGGAGCUGGUGGACCCUGACACAUCUGUGCCACCUGUGGACCCCCACCGCUGGGGCUUUGGCACCACCCAGCCCAGCCACGAGGUGCGCUUCCGUUACCGCCUGCGACCUACCCACUGAGCUCUGCCAAGGUGGCCGCGAGCCUAGCCUCAAGACGUCCCUUGGGAGUCUCCACCUCCUCCAGCCCCUCUGAAGGCCCACCUUUCCCUCGGGUUCUGUGGCAUCACCUUCCUCUGUCCUGGUCGCCUUCCUUAGCUCUCUGACUUUUCCCAAACUUAGUUUGGGAAAUAACGUGUACUUUGACAAGUCCUGCAGUACAGAAACUGGUUAUCGUGAGUAACGGAGUGUCUUGCUAAUGUUACCCUCCAUCCUCCCACCUCACUUUAUUAUUUUCCUCGACGCCUAUUCCACAUCCCGUGGAAUUCAGGUUCGUCCAGAGCAAUACAAGGCAAGCCUCGUGUGUAAUUUUUCAUUUCCUAGUUGACACAUUUUUAAAAAAGCAAAAAGAAACAGGUGAAG